AUGGAGAGACGACAUUCCAAGAGAAGCAAUUUCUUUGAUUUUGGUGUAAAUACAAGGCAAACAAUGCGACAUGUGGAACAUUCUAAAUCAGGUUCCAGUGGGAUUCCAGUGAAGAUUGUUCCUAAUCUUUUUGCCUUCAGAUCACCAUCAAAAUGGUGUCUGUACCAGUACCAAGUGACCUUUAUGCCUGACAUUGAAUCCAAACGUUUACGAAUGGCACUGCUGUUCAGCCACAGUGAUCUUCUCGGAACAAUCAGGGCAUUUGAUGGAGCUAUAUUGUUCCUCCCAAAUAAACUGCAGAAUCAAGCUACAAAAGUGACAAGCAUGAUGAAAGAUGGUCAGGUGGUGAAUAUAACAAUUCUUCUGACAAGUACGUUUCCGCAGGAUUCUCCAACAUGUGUCCAGUUCUUCAAUAUCAUCAUUAAAAAAGUUCUGAAAAUGCUAUCUCUGUACCAAAUUGGGCAGAACUUCUAUAAUCCUUCAACUCCAAUUCACAUUCCUCAACAUAGGUUGAUUUUAUGGCCAGGCUUUUCUACUUCAAUCUUGAGAUAUGAGACCAAGAUCCUGUUGUCUGUUGAUAUAAGCCACAAAGUUCUACGUAGUGAAACUGUAUUAGACUUCAUGACUGAGCUAUACAACAGAGUUGGUGACCAACAUUUCAGUGAUACCUGUAUGAAUGAGUUAGUGGGAUUUGUUGUUCUUACAAGAUACAACAACAAAACAUAUCGUAUCAAUGACAUUGACUGGAGUGUGAAACCUACCGACAUAUUCAAAAAAGCAGAUGGAACUGAAAUCACCUAUGUUGAUUAUUAUUCACAGCAAUAUGAUGCCUCCAUCACUGAUCUGAAACAGCCAAUGCUAGUCAGCUGGUUAAAAACUAAAAAUCGUUCCAUGGAUGUGGCCCCACGUCUAGUUCAUCUCAUUCCAGAGUUUUGCUACCUUACAGGGCUAAGCAACCAGGCUCGCUCUGAUUUUCGUAUAAUGAAGGAUUUGGCUGCAGAAACGCAACUGUCUCCUCAAAAAAGACAAAAGAGAUUGCAUGAACUAAUUGAUAAUAUUCAGAGAAAUAAAGUAAUACGGACUGAGUUGGAAGGUUGGGGAUUACACCUUGAUGAACAGAUCUCAUUGGUAGGCCGUGUCCUUCCUCCUGAGAAAAUUCAUAUGUUUGAUCAUUCAUGUCAGCCAGUUUCACCAGUAGACUGGACUAAAGAUAUUCGAAAAUCAAGGAUUAUUGGCAGUGGGCCACUCCAAGACUGGCUGAUGGUUUUUAGUCACAGAAAUUAUGAAGUUGCUGGUCAGCUUUUGGCAUGUCUUAAGAAAGUCGGACCACCAAUAGGCUUUUUGAUUGACAAUCCAAAAAUGAUACAAGUAAAUGAUAGCCCUGUCUCCUUCAUCCAAGCUUUGAGGCAUCAUAUUGAGUCCAGUACCCAGCUGGUGUUGUGCAUUCUACCCUCAAAUCAAAAGAAUAAUUAUGAUUGUUUAAAGAAAUUCUUGUGCGUAGAGAAGCCAAUUCCAAGUCAGUGUGUGGUGGCCCGUACACUAAACAAGGCAAAUACAAUGAGUAUUGUGAUGAAAAUUGCUUUACAGAUGGCUUGCAAGACAGGGGGAGAAUUGUGGAUGGUGGAGAUUCCUUUAAAAUCUUUGAUGGUAAUCGGCAUUGCCAUUAACUUUGACACCCUGAGAAAAGGGAUAUACGUUGGAUUUGUUGCAAGCAUCAAUAGUACAGUCACAAAAUGGUUGUCUCGCUGUAUCUUCCAGUCUUCCAGUGCGGAGGUAGCUGAUUGUUUAAAAGUUUGCAUGAAAGGUGCUUUAAGUAAAUGGCUUGAAGUGAAUCAUGUACUGCCUAGCCGUAUUGUUGUUUAUCGUGAUGGUGUCGGGGAUGGGCAACUAAUGACAUUAGUUGACUAUGAAGUGCCCCAAAUAUUGGACAGCUUCAAGAUGAUUGACUCAGACUAUAGACCCAAAGUAACAAUCAUUGUAGUUCAGAAGAAAAGCACCUGCAGAUUUUUUGCUGAUGUGAAUGGAAUGCUUCAGAAUCCACCGGUUGGCACUGUGAUUGACAACGAGGCUACCCGUCCUGAAUGGUAUGACUUCUUCCUAAUCAGUCAAUGUGCAUGCCAAGGCACUGUUUCUCCAACAUACUACAAUGUUGUAUAUGACAAUAGUAGCAUGAAACCAGACCAUGUGCAGAGACUAACUUACAAGAUGUGCCACCUCUAUUAUAACUGGCCAGGUGUGAUUCGCUUGCCAGCUCCAUGCCAAUAUGCCUUCAAACUUACAACUCUAGUGGCUCAGAAUGUUCAUAGAGAACCUGACUUAGAGUUGGCUGAUCGUCUUUUCUUCCUGUGA